GAUUUGGGAGGAGCAUCACUUUGUAUAAAAGGUCGAAAGGACUCGGUAUCUUUGCUCAACUUAGCACCAAUCUUCAUCCAGUCAACAUGAAGCUCCUACUGGUGGUCUGCCUUCUCGGCGUGGCCCUAGCUGCUCCAGCAGACAAACAAAAGAGGGAUAUCCUGCCUGGUGAUUCUCGUUACAAUAACGUUCAUCAUCAUUAUGAUCACACUCUACAUGAGAAUGAAGUUGAAAUUGCCAGAGCACUCGGAGGAUACGCUGGUUCAUUCUCCGUACCUGAGAUUCAGUAUGGACCGCCAAACUUUCUACCUGGUGUACCAUUGACGAACAGUUAUUUGGAACCAGUAAUCAACAACGUUUCCCCGGCUCCAGUAACUUCUUACGGAGUUCCUCAGUUCAACGUUCAGAAUACGGAACAGACCAAAACUGCUCAAGAGUCGCAAGGAUCGUCUGUCGUAAAAUCCGAAUCUUCGAGCUCCGUUGAAUCUUCGAGCUCCGUUGAAACUUCGCAGGAGAGUUCGUCUACGGCCGAGUCUCAAGAUGAACAGCAAGCAUCCAACAAAGGCUCUGAAGAGGAACAGACUGUCGUAAUUAAAUCUACUCCUCGGAUACAAGAAGCACCUCAAGCUGACGCCGCUCCUGCUCCCGUUGGCCCAGUAGCACCGGCCCAGGCAGUUCAAAGUAGUGCUGCCAAAAGUACAGCUACAGCAAAUAGCUUCGGCUCUCUCGACAGUUCCCUUGGAGGCUCAUUUGGAUCAUUCGACUCAUUUAACUCCUUCUACAACCCCAGCAGCUUCCAGUCAGACUUUUCAAGCUUUCCUAGCUUCGAAUCUCUGAACAAUGUCAGAUUCGAUGCCUCGAUUAACGCCCCAGCGUCUACUAGUCAAUCUGUCGUUGGAUCAAACGUGGCCGUCAAAAGCGAAUCUUCCGGAAAUGCUCAAGCAGCUUCUGUGGGAUCAUCAUCCGAGUCAACCUCAGCUUCAUUUGCAACAACUUCCGGAGUGAAGCAAUCGAUUCCUUCUUCGGGAUACAUUUCGCCAUACAGCGUAACUGCUGCAGUGAACCAGGGCGUCCCACUCAGAACGUCGGACACCCACGUUUCGGUACAAGUUCCUCAGCCAUACCCAGUGCCAGUGACGAAGAACGUACCCUACCCUGUUCCUGUACCCCAACCAGUCGAAGUACCAAAACCAUAUUACGUGCGUGUUCCUCAUCCAGUUCGAGUUAGCGUAGACCAUCCAGUUCCUGUUGAAGUUCCACGUGCUGUUCCUUACCCAGUUCCUCAGUACGUUCAAGUCAAAACUCCAGUGCCUCAACCGGUUCCAGUUCCAAUUCCUCAACCCUAUUCGGUAGACACUGACUUUCAAUCAUUCCAAAUUCCUCAACAUCAUCUCAAGCUAGACUCCCCCUUCGUUGUUCCAAGCCAGUCUGUUGACAUUUCCGCACUUUAUUCUACACCCACGAUAUCUGAUUCUCUACCUUCCUUCCCAUCUCUUCCAUCACUUCCAUCUCUUCCAUCUUUUCCAUCUUUACCGUCCAUUCCAUCGAUUCCAUCAAUUCCUUCUCCCCCAUCUAACGCUUCUAACGAUGACAAGGAAUCUGUCUCUGUCGAUGCACUCAAAAGCCAAUUUCAACCUUCCCCAUCCCCAUCACCAUCACCGGCACCUGCACCUGCAGCUGCACCUGCACCAAGCUCGUCAAGCUCUGCGAGCGGAUACUCAUCUUCCCAGGAGUAUAGCCAACCCAUUGGCUCAAACGGUGGUUACGUCUACUAACAUGACUUCGUAAAGAUGAAAACUCCAUGAAAAACGAAAUUGCCCUAUUUUCGACAGAGCCUAACCAGCACUCGUUGAAUAACGAACCGUAGAAAUAAUUGUUUGAAAAAGACCAUCAAUGAUUACCUUAGUCCGAUUAUUACCACCAUAACAGACAAAGUCGUCAAUUGCUGCUCAGCUAAGAGAAAAAUUCACUGUGUAACCUCAUGAGGACCUUAAACAUUAUUUUCAAAAUGACUUCUUGACAAAGAAGUAUUCUGAAGAUGAAGCUGAAGAAAAACUCGAAAUAGGAAGAAGAUCUGAUAAAAUUUGAUCUUUGACAUUUUUAUUGGAUUAUCGCCUGAGACGUGCAAACGGUUUUUUUGUAAUAGGGAUGAGAAUCAAGGUAGAUAAGUCAGAUGAAAGGCGCAUGAUAAUUUUUUUAUACGUAAAUAAAAUUUCUUUAUAAAAAACAUAAA